AUGACUACUAGUGAUCACAUGAGUGGUUGCUUUGAAUCUAGUUAUACCACAGAAGAUCAUAGGAAAACAGGCGCAUUUGAAGUAGAUGAUAACUGGAGUGAUAUUGAUGGCAAUGGUCAAAGUGAACAGCAAGAAGGGAGAGGAGAAGAAGAGAUUGAUAUGAGGCUGAUUGAUUUUCAACUUGAUGAUGCAUUAGGAUCAUCUUGCUACCAUCCUCCAUUUGACAUAGCACAGGAGAUGAUGGAGCCAAUGGAGCAGGAACAUAACGGGGACGAGCCACCAAUGCUGGCAUUCAGAUCAGGAGUGCCAGCAGUGGCAACUUGUGGAUAUGAUAUGCCCUCUAACCUUAGAGAGGAAGAGAAAAGGGAUGGAAAGGGAAAAUAUGUCAAAGAGGAGGUCCAAGAAGUAGUUGGGAUUCCACAUGCACCAACAGAAAGACCGUCUUCUUCUCCCUCUUCAUUGAGCAAGGAAGGUGGUGAAUUGUCUCUUUGGAGCUCGCUGGAUCUUCCUCCUAUCUGCUUCAAUAUUAUUUAG